UUCUUCGGAUAGCGAAUGCAAAUGGCUGUCGCGAUCGCGGUGUACGUGAGUAUGUCGUCUCCCGUUCCCGCGUGUCCGACACGAGCGAGCGUAAAAUCGUCAAGUACGAUCGAUAUGUGAUGAUCGGCGCGUCGGUUCGCUCGGGUAUCAAAGAGGGUAUCGUUUCGCGCGACGUGAGGACGUGUAAAAUUUAAGUACGAGAUAUAAUAAACGGCCGCACGCGGGAAAUCCGCUCGUGACGGGGGGGACUCCGGUAACCGCGUUGGAGACGGGUAAACGCGCGUUAUCGUAUGUGUGAUGAAUCGAUAGCGAUUCCGUCGUCGGAAUUCGAAGGGGAUCAACGUCGGAUUCCUGUCGGUAUUUUUCUCGACGAUAGUAAUUAUUCGAGCAUCCAUAUAUUGCCGAGGGUGUGUCUGUGUGAUUGAUAAAUAAGGAAAUUUUCAAACGAUACAUUAAAAUGCCUGCAGUCAGCGUCUGCGAUCCUAUUGUGGCUAGACUCCACUGCGCUUUGAACAGCACUUCGUCUAAAACUACAGACGAUCUGUCGAUUGAAUUAGUCGGCAACGCUUCUCGAAUUAUGCAAACGGAGAUCCGUUACGAAGAAUUAAAGGAUUAUCAAGCAGCGAAUCAGGUGCAAGCUAAUUGCAACAUUUUUCUCAAUUUAUCCGAUAAUUUAGAAGAGAGCAAAGUCAAGGACGGCACAAGUUAUAAAAAAAAGAAUGAUGCGAAUAAAAGACCAGUCUUGCCAGAGCCAACUGUCACUUUAUAUUCUCCUAAAAAAGUCCAGCUGGGAUGGAAAGGCACGUUCCCAGUCGGAGCAGGCAUGUACAAUAUCGGGAAUACAUGUUACCUGAAUAGUACUCUUCAAGCGUUAUUUCAUGUUCCGGCUCUUGUCAACUGGUUAUUAUCGGAUCCGCAUCAUAAUUCCAAGAUGGAACAAAAUGAUGGAAAUGGAGAAUGCCUUACAUGCGCGGUGGCCAAGACUCUGCAAUUUAGUCAUCAGAAAUCUGGGGGUGCGAUCAAGCCAUUUUAUAUAUUUAAUAAAUUAAAGCUCAUUUGCCGAACUAUGGUGCCUGGACAACAAGAAGAUGCUCACGAAUUUUUACGUUAUUUAUUGGAAGGAAUGGAACGUACGUAUUUAACUAGGCAUAAAGCGACUAAAUUGGAUAGCUAUUCUAAGGAAACGACACCAAUCAAUCAAAUAUUUGGCGGUUAUAUACGUACUGAAGUAAAGUGCCUGCAAUGUCAACAUGUAUCUACCACAUUUCAACAUUUUCAGGAUUUGCUCGUGGAUAUACGUAAGGCGAAUACAUUGGACGAAGCGUUAAAUAGUUACUUCAGUAGAGAACAAUUGGAUAACAAUGAUUAUAAAUGUGAAGCUUGUAAGAGAAGAGUUCCUGCCACUAAACAAUUUACAUUGGAACGCCCGCCAAAAGUAUUGUGCGUACAAUUGAAGCGAUUUAGCGUUUUAGGAGGAAAAAUAUCUAGACACAUUGGUUUUAAACAAACUAUAGAUAUGAGCCCGUACUUGUGGAGAGAACCGGGAGAAUCUCCCAGACCGCUUACCUACAAACUCAUGUCGAUGGUGACGCACAUGGGCCCCUCUGUAAAUUGUGGCCAUUAUACGGCGAUCGCCCAAGUAUCGAGCGGUCAAUAUUAUUCCUUCGACGACUGUUGCGUUCGUCCAAUAAGCCUUAAUAAUGUGUUAAGUACAAAUGCGUACAUUAUGAUCUUCGAGAUGGAAAAUUACAAUCAGAAUUCGCCAUCAACGGCAAAAGUGAACGGUACGACAUCUGUGAAGAAUAUCGUGUCGACUACGCCACUAUCCAAUUCUAUAAUAAAUAAAUCUAUCGCGUUAAAGGCAUCGACAUCUGCAGAAUGCUCCGCGAAUGAAAGCGAAUCGUCAAACAAUGAUGAAUCGAGCAAAUCUCGAACAUUGAUCGGUCCGCAAUUGCCGCCGCAGAGAAACGGCGUAGAAUUAAAUCUUCCUCUAGAAAAGUCUAACGACACCGUUAAUAUACAAUCAUCGCAGAAAAUGCAAGACAAGUCGCAGCCAAGAUUGGUGAUGCAUAUUAAGAAUGGGAAAGUUUUAAAUGGUAACAGUUUAGUACCCUAUGACGUAGAUCCUACUUCCAGUGAAGAGGAAGACAGUUACCCUUCCACUGGGAUAGGGACUUUGAAAAAUCAAAUGUCAAAUAAUACUGCGUCCCGAAUCAAUAUCACAAAUGGUAUGUCAAAGUGUGUCGCUGCGAAAGAUGGAUUAAAAACCACCUCAAAUUCUAAAGAAGCACAGAAGACCAACUCUACCAACUCUAAAAGUAAUGGCAUAUCGACAAUGACACCUCAAGCUACAAUUGUACAAUGUACGAAAACGCAAAAUGAAUCUAAUAAUAGUAAUGGCCGAAUAAGUUUAUUAAAACAUCAAAAUGGAAGAAUAGAAACAAACGGUCAGUCGGAACAACGUGACAAGGAUACGUGGCGCCAAUCUACUGGCAGAACUAAAAACGGACAUGAAGAGAAUGUACCUACAAAGGCUACGAGUAGCGGCAUUAAGAGUUGGCAAGCUUCCAAGGAUCCAUUUUCUUCCACAUUCACUGGAUCGUCUAAUGGAUGGACUGAUAACGGGGAAGACGCCAAGUUAAAUCAAAAUAAUACAACACCGAGUGCUGCAGCUGUGCGAGACUUUAACGGUACCAAUCGCUCGGACACAGUUUCACACUUAUUAAAGAUGUCGCAUCGUGGAUAUGGUAGUACUUCUGUAACCAACUGGAAUGGGAAUAGAACGCAGCUGGAUCGUGAUGUCGAUAACGAUAGACGGGAAGAACGUAAACGUCAUUUUAAUGCGGAUGAUGAAGAAAUGGAUAGGGGUCGCGUAAAGAAAGUCAAGGAUCACUCGAGCCGUCGAUCGUACAAUGAUAGAUCUAACGCAAACUAUAAUUCAUUCCAAGAAUAUCACAAUAACCACAACAACCAAAACAACAAAUCCUGGAAUCGACCUGGAGUUAAUGGUUAUCAUCGAAGACAUUAUUAUAACACGACUUAUAUGCGACAGCGACACGGAAACAAUUAUGGAAGACCGCCGCAUUAUAGAUAUUCUUCUCAUAGAUAUCUAUAGAUAUCGCUCGUGCUCGCGACAUCAAUGAUGGACGUGAGUGUAGGCAAUGGUAAAAGAUUUUAGGCUCUAUGUGGACAAUUCAGAGAAUCAGUGUAAUAACCUGUGUAACAUUGAUUUUUACUUGCUAAAUAUCAUUUUUCAUCACAAGAUUGGAAAUAAACUGUUGAACAGAAUUUCAACAGUGAAUUAUCGGGUUUUAGUUGAUAUAUAUUGACAUAUUGAAGAUAAUGAUUCAUAUUCACGUUUCAAGCAACAUAGUACAUGUUCCUGAGACUCGUGGCAUUUUUUGCUUCUGCUGCAUAAGUUUGGUACACACACGCUUCUAUUAUAAGAAGCAAUCUAUGGGGGAUGAGUAUCGCCAAUUGUACCAAUUUGUGUUCAACGUGAAAUAUUAUAGAAAACUCUAAUUUUUUUCUAACCCUAAAUACGUGCGAAUAACUAAUUGUAAUUUUAAGAUACAUAUUCAUCAUUGAAUUCAACUAAAUGAGAUUUUGAAGAGUGAAAAUCUUACAUGCCAGUGUGAAUAUAAAUUGUGAACGUAAAUUGAUGAACUUGAUUGUAUAUUAUUUAAUACAGCUUAUCAUAGAGUCAUGCAGUUAUCUUUUAGGACAAAUAAAUGACGUAAGAACUGAAUAGCAACAAUUGUUAUCUAAAUUGAUAAAAUUUC